UUUUAUUUAUUUUUUAUUUUCUGAUGGAGCUUACCAUUUCAUCAUUAUAUACCAAAGCUGUUGCAGUGUUCCUUGCAAUAAUUGAGAAUAGAGGGUAGAGACAUACCCAUCUCUCCGCUCUCAACAUCCAUAGCCAUGUUGGGCAAGAAACCACAGCCGGUCAUCGGAAAGCUUGCCGGCAACCAUGCCUGGUUUUCCGACGCGGCCACGAGCCCAACAAGUCCUUUGGAGUACAAGAUUCAAUCACCAAGAGGUCUAAAGAGUUAUGAUAUAGGUGGGGUUGGACUUGCAAUUGUGGCUGCCUUAGAGAAAUCUGAUAGUCCUAAGAAUCAAAUUCAGGCCGCCAACAAGGUCUUGUUUGUUCAAAAUUCAACUCGGUCUAAUCCUAUUCCGGUUAAACCAACUAGUACUACAUACUAUAACAGAGGAGAUUCGGAAGAAAGUGAGAUGGAUAGUUUGGAGGAUUAUACUUUCGUCACUUGUCAUGAACCAAACAAGUCUUACACUAGAGUGUAUUGCGAUAAUGGAUCUGAUCAUGGUAGAAUUGGGCAUGAGAAAGUUGGUUUUGAUCGGAGAAGUAAAAACUAUGGGAUUCCCGUUUUCGAGAUAUCACCGGCGGGAUUCGGAGGAGAUCAUUUCACGGCACGCCCAGCCUCUGAUUUUCUCAGCUCGUGUAAUUUGUGCCAGAAAAAGCUCCAUGGCAGAGACAUAUAUAUGUACAGGGGAGAGAAAGCAUUUUGCAGCACAGAGUGUAGAUACAGGCAGAUAGUCAUGGACGAACGCAAAGAGCAGUGCAGCUCUGAAGCUUCGAGAUCAUCAGCCGAUGUUUCAAAUUCUCCUUACACCAACGGCCAGAUCUUCUCUACCGGAAUUCUGGCUAUUUAACUCAAAUAGCUUUUGAUAACGCGGGUGUCCGGGCCAACUUACGCGUAUCUCAACUAAUCUUGGGUGACCGAUCCCACCGCCCACUUGAGGGGGUCUCGAUUGAAGCCAGGAAAAUCUUGCUACGACAGACGUGAUUGCACUGGAGACGCAUAAAUAUAGGACACGGGAAUACUUAGUACGCAUAUGAGAUUUGAACCCCAAAUAAGAAGCUCAUUUUGGUUGUCAUUUGCAAUUUUUGGCUGGGAAAUUGUGUGGAUGUAAGCCCAAAGCUUUUGACUUUAAUGAGACUUCUGAGCUUUAAUAAGAAUCUUUUUCCUUUUCUGAA